CUGACGCGUUGUCACCACGUGGCAGUAUUCGUUACAGGUUGCCGGUGCAACAUGUCUUUCUAUCGACUGUUACGCUUUACAAUAUCUGUAAUAAUAUUGUUUGACAUUACUGCGUCUUUGGACCUUUCCCAAAUUAACGAAGAUGCGCUUAUAAAUGAACUUGGAACUCUACGAAAAAGACAUUACAACCUGCAAAACCCCGACAUUAUUCUUCCACGACUCCGAGCGAUCAAUUUUGGUCCUUCAUACGGACUGGUAACGCAAGCGCCAUUUCUACCAACAACUGCACAGCCAGCUGCAAAUCCUACCUCUGAUUACUGUGCGUCAUGGGGACAAGAUUCGUAUCGUACUUUUGAUGGCCACGUAUAUUCCUUCGAUGGAGUGUGUACAUAUAUCCUAGCUGCAGACUGUUUCAGUAAUACCUUCCAGAUUCUAGUCACCAACGACAGAGAAUGUUCUCCUCCUUACUCGCAGUGCGAUCGUUCCGUCACCGUUGUCUUAGGAUCCGAACAGAAACUUGAACUUUACCGCGGAGACGAUGCCGCAGCAGUGAAGCUAGAUGGCAUACGACUACAUCUGCCAAUUCAUAUCAAUGGUUUCAUAAUAGAGGUAGUGUCCAAUUUCAUCCUCCUGAGAAGUAAUCUUGGUUUUAAACUGAUUUGGGAUAGCCAGGAAAGCAUUUAUCUUGAACUCGUUAGUGGUGAUCUACAGGGCAAAAUGUGUGGUCUAUGUGGAACGGCUAAUGGUAACCAGUUGGAUGAUCUCACAACAUCAGACGAAAGAAUUUUAAAUUUUGGCCAGGAACAUGCCUUUGGUCUGUCUUGGAAGGCGCCGGAUCGAACAUGUCCUGAUAUCCCACCAUCUGGCCCACGAUGCACGCAAGUGUUCGUUUCAUCAGAAUACCAGUCUCAAUAUUCAGAAUUUAUUGAGCUCCAGAACUACGUCAGAGGUGUCUGUAAUCUACUGCAAGGCAAUCUCUUCAGCGAUUGCCACCAUGUGGUUGAUCCAUUACCGUACAUAACCGAAUGCGAGAAGGAUGUCUGCUCCUGUAAAUUCACCAGUACUCGUUGCAUGUGCAGCACAUUUGCAGCCUACGCAAGAGAAUGUACGAUCCAAGGCAUACCAUUAGAUUGGAGAGGACCUGAUCUAUGCGAACUUGAAUGUCCGGUUGGAAUGGUGUACGAUAGCUGUGGUAGUAUAUGCCCACGUACGUGUCGCUCAUCCAUGUAUAUUUGCGAGGACGACCAAUGUUUGGAAGGAUGCCACUGUCCGCCAGGAAUGUUUCUCCACAGCGGGCGAUGUCUUUCACCCACAGACUGUCCCUGCGAUUAUCACGGCAUUGAUUAUCCAAUCGGAACAGUAAUACGUUAUGAUUGCAAUGAAUGUCAAUGUUUUAAUGGAAAGUGGGACAAAUGUACAGACAUAGUUUGCGAAGGUACCUGCACGGUGUCGGGAGACCCACACUACCGUACGUUUGAUGGUCGACCAUACAACUUUCUGAGCCUUAGGGAAUGUUCCUACACAUUAGUUAUGGACUGUUUUUCAUUGGAAAAAUAUUAUCGCAUUAUCAUGGAAGAAAGCGCCCCCUGUGGACACACUCAGGAUGCAUUGGAUUGUUCGAAGUCUGUUAUGAUAGAGUUGGAUGGAGAUGUAGUAAAAUUGAAAAGAAACCAGGAAGUGGUUGUCAACGGAGUUGAACUUGUUCAUACACCAUACGCCCUCAACGGAAUAUAUAUAGAAAAAUUGUCGUCAAUGUAUUUGAAGGUAACGCUGUCCAAUGGUAUUCGUAUAUUCUGGGAUAAUCAUAUGCGUGUCAGGAUAAAGAUUAGUACGGCUCAUUAUAAUCAGACUUGUGGUUUAUGUGGAACUUUCAACAAUAACCAACUAGAUGAUUUUUACACGCCUGAUGGCGACAUCGAAUCAACUCCUGAAGCAUUUGGUAAUAAAUUUAAGGUCGUUGAAAAUUGUCCAGAUGUUUCAAUUGACGAUACGAUGACCCCUCACCCUUGUGACCUUUACUCUCAGAGAGCAGACGUGGCAAAAGAUAUAUGUGGAAGGCUCAAAUCAGACGAUACAUUUUCAGCUUGCCAUGACCAAGUGAACCCGGAGCUCUACUACGAGAACUGCAGAUACGACGUGUGUAGCUGUCAGUCAGAUGACUGUCACUGUGAUAUAUUUGCCGACUAUGCAUACGAAUGUGCCAACAGAGGUAAAGUGCUAGAUUGGAGAUCUUCUGUUCACGAAUGCAGUGCACAGUGCGAUUGGGGUCUUGUAUACAGGGAAUGUGGUCUAUCGUGCGAGACAUCGUGCAACUCCUUGGCAAAUGCACAAUCGUGUGACGAUGAAUGUGUACCUGGUUGCUCGUGCCCAGUUGGCAUGCUGACCGAUGUGUAUGGCAAGUGUAUUUCGAUGUCAGAAUGCCCAUGUGAAUAUUCUGGAGUUAGUUACAAACCGAAUGAAAUAAUACGCCAAGGUUGUGAUUACUGUCAAUGCAUAGCUGGUGAAUGGUCCUGUAUGGGCGAAGAAUGCGACGGAAAGGCGUGCCCAGAACACCAGGUAUACACAGAGUGUCUCUCGCAGUGUCCGAUGACGUGUGGCAACAUGCACGAACCCCGCGAAUGCUCAGCAGUCGGAUGUUUCCGUGGAUGUCAGUGCGACAUCAUGACUGUCUGGAACGGAUACGAAUGCAUUUUCCCCAUCGAUUGUCCCUGCCACCAUGGUGGACGAAGCUAUCAGUACGGGGAGACAAUACAAGUAAAAUGCAACAAAUGUUUCUGUGAUGGUAGAAGAUGGCAAUGUGAAACUCGGACUUGUCCAGGUGCAUGUGUAGCCUGGGGAGAUCCUCAUUACGUCACGUACGACGGAAAAAUGUUCGAUUUCCAAGGAUCGUGCGAGUACGUGUUGACACGUAGCACUGCUUCUAAUCCUUUCUUCUUCAGUAUAAUUGUGAAUAACGUGCCUUGUGGAACCAGUAGUGUAACGUGCGUCAAAGAAAUUUCUAUCACUAUAGUCAAAGAACGUGCUGCCAGGCACCUACACCAACUAUUGUUAUCACGUGGUCGCGGCCCCGAAGUGAUUGGAUAUGGGUCUGCUUUUGAAAUCAGCGAGGUUGGACAAUUUGUGUUUAUUCAUACGUCUAUUGGUUUAACAAUACAAUGGGACAGAGGUACAUCCGUACAAGUGAAACUAGAGCCCUUGCACAAAGGAAAGGUUGAGGGACUAUGUGGAAACUUCAAUGACAACCAGAAUGACGAUUUUCUACCACCGUCUGGAGGUUUUCCAUUCGCCAUGCCCGAUCAGUUCGGCAACAGUUGGAAGAUAUUAAGCUAUUGCCCAGAUGCAGUGGUGAUUCCAGAUACUUGCUCCCUUCAUCCUGCAAGAAAGUCAUGGGCACGAAGGAAAUGCAGUGUUAUCAAGUCGGUUCUAUUUAAAUCGUGUCACAGCGAAGUGCCUUACCAUCCUUAUUUGACAAUGUGUGAAUACGACUCGUGUGGUUGCGACAUGGGAGGUGAUUGUAACUGCCUUUGUACGGCCAUCGCAGCAUAUGCCCAAGAAUGUAACAGUCACGGCGUGCAUGUCAGGUGGCGGAACCAAGAGCUCUGUCCUAUACAGUGUGAAAACAGUUUGGUUUACAGCGAAUGCAUCUCAGUCUGCAACAAGACGUGUGCGAACCAUCAUAGAAUUGGGGACGAUUGGCAAUGUACGGACACGUGUGUUGAAGGUUGUGCUUGCCCAGAAGAUCUUCUCUGGGAUGGCUAUCGCUGUGUACCCGAAUGCCCUGGGGGAGCCCCGACCCUCACUACCCCAUUCAAGACAACGUUGCCGACUACCACGUUGCCGACUACCACGUUGCCGACCACCACCACGUUGCCGACCACCACCACGUUGCCGACCACCACCACGUUGCCGACCACCACCACGCCUUGUAGUUGUUGCGAAUGGACAGAAUGGAUUGAUGAUGAGCAUGGUGAAAAGGUGGAUUUUACAGCUCCUGGAGAAUUUGAAUUAAUUGCCGAACUCCAAAACGAAUACGAGAUUUGUGAAAGCCCUGAUGACAUUGAGUGUAGAUUAGCAAUUCCUCCCCAUCUAUCGUAUGAUGAAACAGAACAGUCUGUUAGCUGUAAUGUUAACCAGGGGCUAGCUUGUUUUCAUGGUGAUCAAAACAUGUUUCCACCACUGUGCUAUGACUAUGAGGUGAGACUUUAUUGUUGUACUACACCUUGCAUAUGUGAAGAAACUACAGCAGCAGCUACGGCAGCACCAACGACGUCGCCCGAAGCUACGGCAGCACCAACGACGUCGCCCGAAGCUACGGCAGCACCAACGACGUCGCCCGAAGCUACGGCAGCACCAACGACGUCGCCCGAAGCUACGGCAGCACCAACGACGUCGCCCGAAGCUACGGCAGCACCAACGACGUCGCCCGAAGCUACGGCAGCAUGUAGAUGUUGUCAUUGGACAGAGUGGAUUGAUGAUGAGCAAGGUGAGAAAGUUGACUACUUGGCUGCCGGAGAAUUUGAAUUGCUUGAAGAGCUUCAAGAUGAAUUUGAUAUUUGUGACAAUCCUGAUGAUAUUGAGUGCAGAUUGUCUAUUUCACCCCAUAUCUCGCACGACGAAACGGGGCAAUCACUGACAUGUAAUGUUAACUAUGGUGGUCUAAUUUGUUUCCAUGAUCGGCAGACUUCGUUUCCACAAUUAUGCUAUGAUUACGAGGUGCGAUUUUAUUGUUGUGAUCCAUGUGUAUGCAAUGCAACAUCGCCAUUUGAAACGAACCCAAUUACAACAGCAUCACAGUCCACAACAGUGAUAACCACGGGCACCACGCCGUUUGAAACAACAAAGCCAGUCACUACAGCAUCACAAUCCACACCAGUGAUAACUACCAUGGGCACCACGCCGUUUGAAACAACAAAGCCAGUCACUACAGCAUCACAAUCCACACCAGUGAUAACUACCACGGGCACCACGCUGUUUGAAACGACAAAGCCAGUUACUGCAGCGACACCAUCUACACCAGUGAUAACCACUGGAACCACGCCGUUUGAAACAACAAAGCCAGUUUCUACACCAUCACAAUCCACACCAGUGAUAACUACCACAGGCACCACGCCGUUUGAAACGACAAAGCCAGUUACUGCAGCGACACGAUCUACACCAGUGAUAACCACUGGAACUACGCCGUUUGAAACAACAAAGCCAGUUACUACAGCGUCACCAUCUACACCAGUGAUAACCACUGGAACCACGCCAUUUGAAACGACAAAGCCAGUUACUACAGCAUCACAAUCCACACCAGUGAUAACUACCACGGGCACCACGCCGUUUGAAACGACAAAGCCAGUUACUGCAGCGACACCAUCUACACCAGUGAUAACCACUGGAACUACGCCGUUUGAAACAACAAAGCCAGUUACUACAGCGUCACCAUCUACACCAGUGAUAACCACUGGAACCACGCCGUUUGAAACAACAAAGCCAGUUUCUACACCAUCACAAUCCACACCAGUGAUAACUACCACGGGCACCACUCCGUUUGAAACGACAAAGCCAGUUACUACAGCAUCACAAUCCACACCAGUGAUAACUACCACAGGCACCACGCCGUUUGAAACGACAAAACCAGUUACUGCAGCGACACCAUCUACACCAGUGAUAACGCACUGGAACUACGCCGUUUGA